ACCAAAUCACUUGCCACCUUGUCCACUUCGUCCGUAUGUUGAGAUUUGUAUAUGUGAUAUGUAAUACUUCUAUAAAGUCUAAAGGUGAUACAUUUCUCUGUGUCAAGACAAUUAUUAAACAAAAAUCAGAAUGAAAGAGGCCAGUAUUACAGCGAUUUUUGCGAUUUUGGCGAUUUUCAUGAUCGUACAAACACAUAGUAUUAGAUUUUAUCUGGAGCCGAAUAGUCACAAAUGUCUGAAGGAAGAAGUACACGCGAACGUGCUUGUCACGGGCGAGUACGAGGUGACCGAGGCAAUAGGUCAAAAGACAGACUAUGUAAUUCAAGAUUCUAAGGGUCAUAUAUUGUCGCAAAAGGAUGACAUUCCCCAUGGAAAACUGUUAAAAUUUUCUUUUGUGACAGAGACAUAUGAUACUUUUGAAAUCUGCUUUGUUUCUCACGUUCCAAGCCAUCAACGUGGUAUGAGACAAGAAGUCAUGCUGAUCACAAAACGUGGCAUUGAAGCAAAGAGUUACGAAGGCAUUGGUGAAGCAGCCAAGCUAAAGCCAGUAGAAGUAGAACUAAAACGAUUAGAGGACUUGUCUGAAGCAAUAGUCCAAGAUUUUGCCAGAAUGCGUAAGAAUGAGGAAGAAAUGAGAGAUACAAAUGAAACUACAAAUGCUCGAGUGUUAUAUUUUAGUGUAUUCUCAAUGUGCAUUCUUUUUGGCUUAUCUACUUGGCAACUCUUCUACUUCCGACGUUUUUUCAGAAUGAAAAAACUCAUCGAAUAAAAACUUGUAAUAUAAUAAGUAAAAUUUUUGAAUAAUUAAAUUGCAAGGGACAAUAUUUUACAGAAACGCCACAGCAUUUAGGGCAUAACAUAAACAAAAGAGAAUAAAUGUCACCUUAUCAUAUAUCACUUGGAUCAGUGGUAACACAAAAAAAACUUUAUCUCGCUACAUACCAUACCAUUGUGUCAUUGAGUCUGUAAUACUUAAGAAGAUGUAAGAUAUUUCUAUAAAUAAAAACAAUUAUAUAACUGUAA